GAGCCGCACAGUGCAGACACCGCCACCCGGGAGGCCAGUGAGAGUCAUCCCGACCCCCGUGGCUUGCCCGCAUCCUUCGGCUGCAGUCUGGAUCCCUACCUCGCCACCAUGAAAGUCCUGCUGGCGUGCCUGAUGCUGUGCGCCCCGGUGGUGAGCGACUCCGAAGACAGCCAUGAACUUGAAGCACCUGAUGCAUCAAACUGUGGUUGUCUGAAUGGAGGAACGUGUGUGACCUACAAGUACUUCUCCCACAUUCUACGAUGCAGCUGCCCAAAGAAAUUCCAAGGGGAGCACUGUGAAAUAGAUAAAUCAAAAACCUGCUAUGAGGGGAAUGGUCGCUUUUACCGAGGAAAGGCCAACAUGGACACCAAGGGUCGGCCCUGCCUGGCCUGGAACUCUCCCACCGUCCUUCAGCAAACAUACCAUGCCCACAGACAUGAUGCUCUUGACCUAGGCCUGGGGAAACACAAUUACUGCAGGAACCCAAACAACCAGAGACGGCCCUGGUGCUACGUGCAGAUUGGCCUAAAGCAAUUUGUCCAUGAGUGCAUGGUGCAUGACUGCUCUGUUGGAACAAAGCCCUCUUAUUUAGACCAGCAAAAGUUCCACUGUGGCCAGAAAGCUCUGAGGCCUCGCUUUAAGAUUGUUGGGGGAGAAUUCACCACCAUUGAGGAUCAGCCUUGGUUUGCGGCCAUCUACAGGAAGCACCGAGGAGGCUCUGUCAGCUACGUGUGCGGUGGCAGCCUCAUCAGUCCUUGCUGGGUGGUCAGCGCCACACACUGUUUUAUUAAUUACCAACACAAGGAGGACUACAUUGUCUACCUGGGUCGUUCAAAGCUCAACUCUCAAACUCCUGGAGAGAUGAAGUUUGAGGUGCAGCAGCUCAUCUUGCAUGAUAACUACAAUGCUGACAACCUGGCCCACCAUAAUGAUAUUGCCUUGUUGAAGAUUAGUACCAGCAGGGGCCAGUGCGCGCAGCCAUCCCGGACCAUACAAACUAUCUGCCUGCCCCCUAGUUUUGGUGAUGCCCAAUAUGGCUCAAAGUGCGAGAUCACCGGCUUUGGAAAAGAGAAUGCAACUGACUACCGUUAUCCAGAGAACCUGAAGACUGGUGUUGUGAAGCUCAUUCCCCAUGAGGAGUGUCAGCAGCCCCACUACUAUGGCUCUGAAGUCACCCACAAGAUGCUGUGUGCUGCUGACCCACAGUGGGAAACAGAUUCUUGCCAGGGAGACUCUGGAGGACCCUUGGUCUGCUCUGUCAAUGGCCAUCCGACUUUGAGUGGGAUUGUGAGCUGGGGCCGUGGAUGUGCCUGGAAGGACAAACCAGGUGUCUACACCAGGGUCUCAAAGUUCCUGAGCUGGAUCCGAGCCAAUACUAGAGAAGAGAAUAGCCUAAGCCUCUGAAGGCUCCCAGGGAGCUGAAGGAAGAAACACAUGGACUACCUGCUUCCAUGCUGAACUGUCAUCGCCAUCGUUAUUGCCACAGCAAGGUCAUCUCCAUCAGCUGUAGCGAUGAGGCUGGGGAAAACAGGCUGUGCCGAAAUGAUUAGUUUGUGCUGCCCACCAGAGUAAGAGACAACAGCUUUACCCUUAGGCAUGGAUCUGGGUGCUGGUAACCCAGACCAUCUUGACCAGCAUGGACAGGUGGUCCUGACUCAGGAUGAGAUUGACCAGGAGUUAUCUAUUUUUUUUUUUUUCUGGACUAAAUCCUCCUAGGGUUAAAAAUCAUGUCUCUUGUGCAUAGGUGGGAAGAGAGCUAUUUGCCCCAAUAGGGGUCAUCCAUGAAGCCUGCUAUUGGGAAAUGAAUCAUUUCCCAAGAAGGAAAUGUAUCAGCUGAGGUCUUCUGAGGGAACUUGGCCAGUGUGGGAAUAGUGGUUUGGGGAAGAGACACUAAUAACUUGAAGGAAGGACUCUGGCAUUCUAUGAAUGGAUCAGGAAAUUAUAUAUAUGUGUGUGUGUGUGUGUGUGUGUGUGUGUGUGUGUGUGUGUGUGUUUGUUCGCUGUGCACUGACUGUGAGUGGUAAGCCUAAGUAAGAGCUGGUGUGUUCCUGUGUCUAACUGAAGGUCUAGGUACUUCCCUAAACUUACUGUGAUGCUGGGGCCUCUCGGUCUCCAUGUGAAUGUACCCUCCUUAGGCAUGACCCGUGACCAGCACUAAAUGUCUGUUUCACUUUAAUAUAGAUACCCCCUUUUUCUGGCCAGUUAUUCUAUCUGACUUAUUAGUCUAGUUCAUCCAAUCCUCACUGGAUGAGGAAAGAACCACUGCUACGUACUGAUUAUUUAAUUAAUUAUAUUCUGUUAUUUUUAUAAUUUUAUCCAUUUUUUAUAAUCUGAGUAAGAUGAUCAAUAAAAUGUGAUUUUUCUGAA